AUGCAGGUUGUAACCGUUGCCAUAUCAUUGUUAACCAUAGCAUGUAUUGUAUAUGCUGUAUUGAGGAAAAAAACUGUGUUGCCGCAACCCGGAGCAGAACAGGAGCGGCAGGUGCUGGAGGAAUAUGUAGCGUUUUACCGGCGUUUGGCAGCUGGAGAGAAAACCAGGUUUGAGGAAUCAUUGCGGCUGUUUUUACAAAAUGUUCGUGUUACAGGUGUUAAAACAACUGUAACCGAUAUAGACAGGGUUUUAGUGGCAGCGGCGGCUGUUAUUCCGAUUUUUGCAUUUAAGAACUGGCAAUACAAUAAUAUUCAUGAGGUAUUGUUGUACCCCGGCACGUUUGAUAAGGAUUACCGCACAUCAGGCAGUGGAAGGGAUACACUGGGAAUGGUAGGCAAUGGUGCCCUUCAAAAUGUAAUGGUAUUAUCUCAACAGGAAUUGAGAAAUGGGUUUAUCAAUUCCACCGGCAAGUCAAAUACGGCUAUUCACGAAUUUGUACACCUUAUUGAUAAGGCUGAUGGAGAUACAGAUGGAUUACCGGCUGCUUUACUCCCUCACCCUUAUGUGUUGCCUUGGUUGCGUCAUAUGCAUCAGGAAAUACAGCAAAUUACUGCCGGCAAAUCAGACAUCGAUCCUUAUGGUGCUACCAAUGAAGCGGAAUUCCUUGCCGUGGCAGCCGAAUAUUUUUUUGAACAACCCCAGCUGAUGCAGCAUAAACACCCCGCGCUGUUUCAGCUGCUGCAGCAGAUAUUUACACCUGCUGAAGCAAAACGGCUUCCUGUGUAA